AUGGGGACCAAAAGGAAGAAGAUCGGAAAGAACCACCGCCUCAAGCUCAAAGCAAAGAAACGACGAGAAGCCGCUGCUGCUGCCGAUGCUGCCGCAGAGGCAUCGGCGAGCAAGGUGUUUUGGCCGCGAGCGAAGAACACGACGACGACCCAAGAAGAAUCCGCUGGUUCUGCGUACUCCUCUACCCGACACUCUUCCCAGAGUACUCAAUUCACUUCAUGGCAAUCCGCCAAUGACGACCAAGGUCGUGAGCUUCUGAUUGGCAUGGCCAAACUCCGAGAGAACAGGCAGCCGAAGUACAAGGUCGCUCAGGGAUACGCUGAAGACCACGAGAGGCGAUUGAAGCUCAUUGAACUUCAUAUCGAGUCUGUCGCGGACAUGUUCACGGAGAAUCGCCUGGACAUCACCAAGAAUCGCCUAGACAUCGACGGAGUCUCCACCGACAUUAGAGACCUUAUCGACGCGUUCAACGAAGCUGUUGAAGAAGGGAAGCUCAUUGGCCAGAAGGUGGAUCUCGCUCUGGCCGUUCUGGUCCGCCUCGCGAAGCGACAGACUGCCGCAAGCAACAAUUGCACGGAGCAAAACGAAAAGAUAGAGGCGGCUCAGGAGGAUAUCAAGGCGGCUCAGGAGAAAAUCAACACGGCCCGGGAGGAUAUCGAGGAGCUUUUCUUUUCUCUGGCAGGAGCCUCAACUUCGUCGAAGGCAUCUUCUGAGUCCAUGAAGACCCUUUUCGAUGAGAAGGUUGAAAAUCUGGAGUCAAAGGUUGACGCAGAGCUCCAGAAGAUCAGGGAGGCCUUUGAGGAACGUCUUGCACAACAGCUAGAGAAGAGCACCACCAAGACUACAGGAGAACCUUUUACAACUGCGGGGGAGGAGAGGGAGAUUAAGGAGGACCAAGGCAGUUGGAAGGGACGGCUUCGUUCUCGCGAACAACAUCCGGCUUAG